AUGUCAAUUUAUUCCGAACUUUCAGAUCCAUUUACAAUUAUUGCUCCAUUAAGUUCAAGAGAAGCAUUAGUUGGUUCAUUAAAUUCAUUCAGUUCUGGUAUUAGUUGUUUAUCAGAUAUACAUGUAAAACAACUAUCAAAAUAUCAAAAUAUUAUGCAAACAAUUAAAACAAAAUUAUCAAAAUUUAUCAGAUACAAACCGAAGUUUUCAAAGAAAAAGAAGAAUACUUAUGCGGAUGCUCAUUUAUUGAUGAUGUUUUAA